CUGCUGGGUAAUCCGAAUGCCCGGCUGCGGGAGGAGCUGGGCCGGAGUCACUGUUCUGAGGAGCCAGCCAGCAGGACCCGACCCUGCCGGGCCGCACCGGGACCCAGCCGCACGCCCAGCCCAGCCCGCAAUGGAGCGGCGGGACCCCCGGGGAGCCGCCGCCGCCGCCCCCGUCCCCCCCCGCCUGUGACCCGCUCCCGGAGCUCCCCCCGCCCCUCUGGGUCCUGCCUUCCCUCCCCCCGGGGCCCGAGCCCGCUCCUUGGGCCUGGUCUUUGUGCCCGGCUCCGGGCCCUGCCCUCUCCGCUCCCGUCCCCCGGGGCCUGACUCCCCUUCUCCCCCUGGCUGUCGCUGACUCAGUGGCGGCUCCUCAGUCCCCUUUGGGCCUCCUCGUCUCCCGCCCGACGGGCCGGUGGCGGCAGCCGGGAAAUGGUCCGGGCCUAGCGGAGCAGCGAACGGAGGGAACCUAGAAACAAGAGCAAAGCUGAGGUCUAACUACGAUAGAGGAUGGACACCAAAGAAGCUGUGUUGGGGACAAAAACAAAGCAAAAUAAGCAACAUGAACCGUGAAGACCGGAAUGUGCUGCGUAUGAAAGAAAGGGAAAGGCGAAAUCAAGAAAUUCAACAGGGCGAAGAAGUCUUUCCACCUAACUCUCCUCUCUUUGCUGAACCAUAUAAAGUUACCAGCAAAGAAGAUCAACUGUCUAACCGUAUUCAGAGCAUGCUUGGAAAUUAUGAUGAAAUGAAGGAUCUUAUAGGAGACAGAUCUCUACAAAAGCUUGUUGGUAUUCCCAAACCAACAGUACCAUCAACGCCUGAUGAAAAAUCAAACCAAAGUUUCUUUGGUGAACAGAGACACAGUACCAGCUCUCAUCAGAGCAGCAAAUGGACUCCUGUAGGACCAGCACCUAGCACUUCCUCCCAAUCGCAGAAACGGUCCUCAGGUUUACAAACAGGACAUAGCAGUCAGCGGAGUGGUGGCAAUAACACUAGCGGCAGUGGCCAGAGGCAUGACCGUGACUCAUAUGGUGGUAGUAGCAGCAGCCGCAAAAAAAGCCAGCACGGAUCAGAACACUCCAAAUCCCGUUCUUCCAGCCCUGGAAAACCACCUGCUGUUUCUUCAUUGAGCUCCAGCCAUUCCAGGUCUCAUGGAAGUGAUCAUCAUAGCAAGGAACAUCAGCGUUCAAAAUCUCCACGGGAUCCUGAUGCCAACUGGGACUCACCUUCCCGUGUACCUUCAUUUUCAAGUGGACAGCACUCUAACCAGUCUUUUCCUCCUUCACUAAUGUCCAAGUCCAAUUCAAUGUUGCAGAAGCCCACUGCCUAUGUAAGGCCCAUGGAUGGACAGGAGUCUAUGGAACCAAAGUUGUCCUCUGAACACUACAGUAGUCAGACUCAUAGCAACAGCAUGAGUGAGCUGAAGUCUAGCAGCAAAGCACAUCUAACCAAGCUUAAAAUACCUUCUCAACCACUAGAUGCAUCAGCAUCUGGUGACGUGACCUGUGUGGAUGAAAUUCUAAAAGAGAUGACCCACUCUUGGCCUCCCCCUCUGACUGCUAUUCAUACACCAUGCAAAACCGAACCUUCAAAAUUUCCUUUUCCAACUAAGGAGUCUCAACAGUCCACUUUUGGCACUGGAGAGCAGAAAAGAUUCAAUCCCUCAUCAAAAACGUCCAAUGGUCAUCAAUCGAAAUCAUGUGAAUCAAACCAAACAGAUAUGUUGAAAGAUGACUUAAAACUCAGCAGCAGUGAAGACAGUGAUGGUGAACAGGAUUCUGAUAAGAUAGUGCCAAGGAGUACACCUGGAAGUAAUUCUGAACCUUCACAGCAUAAUAGUGAAGGAGCAGAUAAUUCCAGGGAUGACUCAAGCAGCCAUAGUGGAUCUGAAAGCAGUUCUGGAUCUGACUCUGAAAGUGAAAGUAGUUCCAGUGACAGUGAGGCUAAUGAGCCAUCCCAGAGUGCAUCUCCAGAGCCUGAGCCACCCCCAACAAACAAAUGGCAACUAGACAACUGGUUGAACAAAGUGAAUCCGCAUAAAGUGUCACCAGCUUCUUCUGUGGAAAGUAAUAUCCCAUCUUCACAAGGCUACAAAAAAGAUGGCCGAGAUCAGAGCUCCGGGAAUGGGUAUACGGAUCAAAGUGUGUCUAAGGAAUCCAUUUCCUCCACUCCUGUGCGAGAUUCCAAAACCACCCAAAAAGGAUCGGAGAGCAGUCGUGGCAGGCAGAAGUCACCUGCACAGAGUGAUAGCACAAUACAGAGGAGGACUGUUGGUAAAAAGCAGCCCAAGAAGGCAGAGAAGGCAGCUAUUGAAGAGCCCAGAGGAGGGCUUAAAAUAGAAAGCGAAACCCCAGUAGACAUGGUAACAAAUAUGCCCUCAAACAGGCAUAAGGCAGCCACAAAGGGCUCUAGAAAACCCAACAUAAAGAAGGAGCCCAAAUCUUCUCCUCGGCCUACAGCAGAGAAAAAGAAAUAUAAGGCUUCAAGCAAACCUUCCCAGAAAUCCAGGGAAUUCAUAGAAACAGAUACCUCAUCCUCUGAUUCUGAUGAAAACGAGAGCCUGCCUCCUUCAUCACAAACUCCCAAAUACUCUGAGAGCAAUAGGACUCCUGUUAAAUCUUCCAUGGAGGAGGAUGACAGCUUUUUUCGGCAAAGAAUGUUCUCUCCUAUGGAAGAGAAGGAACUUCUUUCACCACUCAGUGAUCCAGAUGAACGAUACCCACUUAUUGUGAAGAUCGACCUGAGCCUCUUAUCAAGAAUACCAGGGAAGCCUUACAAGGACACAGACCCACCCAAAGUGGAGAAGAAAAAUGUACCAGAGAAGCAUACAAGAGAGUCCCAAAAACCAGUCUCAGACAAAAAUUCCACCAAGGGCAAAAGGAAGCAUAAGAAUGAUGACGAAAACAGAGCCAGUGAAGGCAAGAAAACUAAACUGGAAGAAAAGUCUUCAUCAGGUCACAAGACCUCCAGCAAUAGAGAGUCUUCAAAGCAAAGUGCAGGUAAAGAGAAGGACCUACUCCCUUCUCCUGCGGCCCCUGUCCUUCAGAAAGAUCCCAAGCAAGAUCAUGGGUCCCGGAAGAGAACAGUCAGUCAAUCUUCUUCCUUAAAAUCAAGCAGCAACAGUAAUAAGGAGAGUAGCAGCAGCAGUAAAAGUAACUCAUCUUCCAAACAAAAAAAGACAGAAGGGAAGGCUUCUAGCAAUGCCAAGGAAGUCAAGGAAAAGGUUCUAAACAGUUCAUCAAACUGCCCUCCUGCAUCUACCCCAGCUACAGACAGCUCAAAGUCCCGAAGAGCAAAGCUUGUUUUUGAUGACAGGAUGUACUCGGCUGAUCAUUAUUUACAAGAAGCAAAGAAGUUAAAGCACAAUGCAGAUGCAUUGUUUCAUUCUCUUCAGUCUGACAGGUUUGAGAAAGCUGUUUUGUAUCUUGAUGCUGUAGUGUCUUUCAUCGAAUGUGGGAAUGCAUUGGAGAAAAAUGCUCAGGAAUCCAAGUCCCCGUUCCCUAUGUAUUCAGAAACUGUGGAAUUAAUCAAAUACACUAUGAAACUGAAAAAUUAUUUGGCACCAGAUGCUACGGCUGCAGAUAAAAGGCUAGCAGUGCUUUGGUUCGUACAUUUUGGUGUAGUAAAACAUCUUGAGUCAAAUUAUCUUCGAUGCCAGUCCCUGUUAUAUUUAAGGCUUUUCAAGCUGAAGAAGGAGAGUGCAUUGAAAUACUCUAAAACACUGACAGAACAUCUAAAGAAUUCCUAUAAUAACUCUCAAGCACCGUCACCUGGCAUGGGAAGCAAACCUGUUGGUAUGCCAUCUCCGGUAUCUCCGAAGCUAUCUCCAGGGAAUUCAGGGAAUUACUCUUCGGGGGCAACCAACCCUUCAGGGAGCAGUUCUUCUGUGACUAUUCCACAGAGAAUCCACCAGAUGGCAGCCAGCUAUGUCCAGGUUACAUCCAACUUUCUCUAUGCCACUGAAAUUUGGGACCAAGCUGAACAGCUUUCUAAAGAGCAAAGAGAGUUCUUUGCUGAACUGGAUAAAGUUAUGGGCCCUCUGAUCUUUAAUUCGAGCAUCAUGACAGACCUAGUGCGUUACACCCGACAGGGAUUACAUUGGUUGCGUCUGGAUGCUAAGUGAUAUCUUGAACUGAAGGAAUCAAAAGUAGAACACACUUUUCUUGCUGCCUCUGAUUUUCUCCACAACACUGUGUCAUGUCAAUAAGGAAGACUGCCAUAACACAUUGCUUAGUUGACACUAAAAGCAAGGAAUGCUUUCACCUCUCCCAUCCUCCUCUGUGUGUUUAACCCCAAACCACAUCAUGUUAAUGGACUUCUUCAGUAUUCUCAUUUUUAAGUUAUUUAAAUAUUUUAAAAUUGGCUACAUAUUAAGAUAUGGCUUCACUGCUCUGCAUUGAGAUUGGAAUUCCAGUCAAUAAUACAUAACUAAUCAGUUUUAAAUCCUAUUUAUUUUCAUUUGUUUUUAAAAAUUUUUACAAAGCCCAGUUAUGGGCUCUUUUAAGACUUAGCUAUUUUUUCCUAUAAACUUACCCAUCAAGUACUUAGCGGAGAUUAAAUGUAGACACUUUAUUUAAGUACUGCGUGAGCUUGUUACUCUGUAAUGUCUUGUGGUGGUGGUGCUUGUAAAAGAAAAUAAGGGUUGUUAGGUUCUAAAGUGUAGGGACACCAUGGUUUUCAUGCCUAAUGCCUAUGACUCAAAUCUUAAAUAAGUACAGUUUUAUUAUUGCAGAAUUUGUACUAAAUUUUGAGAAAAGUUCCAGAGAUAUUCUUCUACACAUUAAGAUAUUUCAGUUUAAAUGAAAAUAUAAGAGAUGUAUAUGGAAAGAUAUUUAGUUAUGUCUAACUUGGAUUGUUUUUUCAAUACAAUUUCAGAACACUUGGUUAACACUAUAGCAAUCACAAAACAUUACAGUAAACUUGCAUUUAAUGCAAUAUGGAAGUGGUGUGAGAAUGAGCUUCAGUCUCUGAUAGGUGCAUACUGGAAAUGUUUCAUAAAUGGACAAUCUUGUGCUUUUUUUAUAUCUCCAUUUAAAACAAGUUUUGUCUCCUUGUUUGUCGUUAUUUGAUGCUUACUGAAGCAGCCAACUGAACAGUUGAAAGAACAGAUAAAUAAUUCCUAUUAGAGCUGUUUGUAUCAUUUCCAUUGACUGGGAAACCAAAAAUCAUAAAAAGUGAUAAAAAGAUCCAUCUUUUCCUUUUUGGGGUCUGCUAAUUGAUGGACGCUAUCACGUGAUAAUGGCCAUUGUGAGGUGCAGAGCACAUCUUUCACAGGGACAUUGUGAAACUGUUCUGAUGUAGAAUUUAUUUAAAACUUCUGUUUAGCCCCAUGUUAAUGGAGGCCCCCGUUAAUGUUAGAUGUUUUAGGGGAGCAGAAUAUUCACUUUAGAAGUAUGUUGGUGCAACAAGAAUCCUGCAUUGAGUUCCAAGUGGCUGCUUUUAAGAAGUUGUAAUCCAAAGUACCUUUCCACAUAAGGUUGUUGUUGUCUGAGUAAAAGGUUAAAAAUUAUAUUUCUUUCAAUAUUGCUUAGUGCCCCAUCAUGUCUGGUGUGCCUUAUGCCUUACUUUUAGAUGAAGAUUUUAUGAACUGUUUACAAGAUGAAGUUUUACAGCAGGACCAUGUAUACUGUAUGGAGUUGGUCUUCUGCAGUACUUUUGGUAAAAUUCCAUUUCUUUUUCAACAUCCUAGUGUGUGUCAUAGAAACUGACUUCCUGUUACAGUGGUCUCCUUUUAAAGAGUCAAACUCUGAACCAUUUAGAGUGGUAUUAUGGAAUGCUGCUUUGUUUUUAUUUCCCAUUGCCCCCUUAUUCUGUACCAGAUGUGAACGUGCAUGUUCAGAAAAAUUAUUGCACUAAAUUUGUGUGUAGUUGUGUAAGUGCCAAAAUGAUGGCAACCUCAAAAGAAGGAAUAGAAUUCUACGCUACUUAGUACUGCAGUAUGUCCUAUGGGCUUUAAGAGUUAAAAAGUUUUGCAAAUUAGUAACUUGACUAAACUGUAGCUGCAUAUUCGUAGAGCUUCCUAUGUGUUCCAACAUUAUUUGUACUUCCAGAAAAGUUUGCUACAUACAAAUGGAGACAUUCAACCUAUGAUUUUCCCCAUUAUACUUCAGCCUACAUUCAGGUCUGUUUGAGUACCCUUUUUAUUUGAGUCACAAUGUAAGUUAGUUUCUCUGUGUUCGCUAUUAGAGAUGGAACUUUCUUUACUCUCAAACUGUGCAUCUUGGUUAAUGGGACACUGUCAACUCUUUUUCCUUUGUAAUACUCUAAAGUGCCUAGCACACUUUUGACGCUAUAUAAAAAUACCUUCUUAGAAGCUGCAUUGUUUGUAUUUUUUUUUUUAAUUUUAUUUUUGUAUAAGGCUGCAGUAGCCGGCAUGGCUGUUUCUAGCUUGCUCCGUUAUGUGCACAGUUACCGUUGAUGUAGGCAGUAAUGGUCUCAUCUCUGGGAAUAUUAUUUUUUCUUAACUAGAGUCUCAUCAGUAUCUUUGCGUGGUAUAUUUUUCAAGAGACCAGUUUAGUGUAUUCCUUAGCUCCAGACCAAUAGAUUCUAAAUGUUUGUCUAAAAAAAUCUAGAAGACUCUUUACAGUCUGUCAAAAUGGGGACCUGAACUGGCAGGUAGAGGCCUGCCUAAAUAGUAUACGUUCUGGUGAAAUCCUUCUGGAGUAUUGUCCCAGGUUUUCUAUCUGUGUAAGACAUAUACACAGGUCUUGUUAAAAAAACAAACUCCUCCAUCGACUUAGGCCAUUUCAAAUGGAUUAAACUCAGUUUGACAACUCCAAAAGCAUAUCUAACUUGAGAUUUACCCAUUGCUUCAGAGAGAGAGAGAGGAGAAUUUUAUUUUGCCUGAUAGAGUAGCUAAAACAAAAUGAAAAUCGCUCAUAAGCGUCCAUCUCUCUGUCAAAAUGCAGGCUAACAAAACCUGUCCUUUUUUAACCUUUAAGCAGCAAUGUGGGAAACGCAUGUCAUUUGAGUGCUAAUGCAAGUUGCACAGUGUCUUACCAUGAAGGAAUCCUUAACUCCUGAUACUAAGGGUUCCCUAUAUGGUUAUAUUUUAACAAACAUCAGUGUUGUAGUUUUUAUUCAUCCCUCCACACCCACCCCAGUCCUCCCAGUGGUGAACCUUUUUUUAAAAAAUUUUUUAAAAAGGCUUAAUAAUCAGACUAGGCUUGCUCAGACAUGAAAACUAUUUUGAAUUUGCGGUCAAAUUUUCAGAUUCUGAAAUGACAAGUUGCAUCAUUUAUAAUUGUAAAUGAGCCUACAGGACACCAGAACAAAAUAACCCAUGAUUUAUUUUGAUUUGAAAUAUUAGAGCACAUUGGAUGGCUCUUUUUUGUCUUUGAUGGCAGUAUGCAAUUUGUAUUGUAUGUGUCUUUAAUAUAUAUGUGUGUGUAUAUAUAUGUAUAUAUAUAUAUAUAUAUGAACUCAGUCUGUCCAAAGUAUGUUAUACUUGUUUUUAGAUUAUAGUGCAACUGAUUAUAUUGAUAUAUUAUUUAUUAAACUGAGUGCUGAAUCACCAUCUUACUGGUGAUGAAUCUUGAUAUUAUACAGGAGUGCAAUGUAUAUUCUUUUAGAUUGCUGAGGCUUGAUUGCUGUGAUUUAAAAAAAAAAACACCCUAAAAUGUAUUUAUGAAUGACCCCAACAUAUAGAGAGUCAGUACUUUAUGAAUAUAAUUUCAUACUUGCCUGGGGCAAGUGAAAUAAAUCCUUAGGCAUGCAACUGUGUAGUUUUUGCCAAACUAGUAGAAAGAGACUACCUUUGCUUUAUUUAAUAUUUUGUUUACCCUAGCAGAAAAAUUUACUGUCAUUGCAGUGUUUAUAUUAAAACAGUUACAGAAGGGCCUGAGCAAGUCAAGUUUGAAUUAAUUUACCCAUUGGGGAGCAAGUAACUUCCAAAUCAUUGGUUAGCGCCCUAACAAAUAUUUCAUAAAUAUUUAGGUUGAGGAUUGAAUUACUUUAGGUCUAGUGAAUCAGUAUUAUGGAAAGCUGUAUAUUUCCAACACAAAGCUAAUCUUAGAUAUCUUUAAACAAAGAGGUGCCAAAGCUUUUGCUAAGCAACUCUGUUAGACAAACACAGACUAUUCUAAGAGGACUGAUUUCCUGGAGAUGGAAGUACAAAAAGAAUCAUGUCAAAUCACAUUAUUUUUGAAGGAGUUUUGUCUGUGAUGCCAUUUAAACAUAGCAGUGUUAGGAGGAAAGAGCGGGGGUAGCUAUAAAAAUAAAACUAGAUUCUUGUCUCAUAGUGAAAAUUAUUGAGGAUGCUAGAGCAAUGAGCCUGGCCAGUUCAUAGAACAGUCUUAGAGAAUGACAGCAUUAGCUCUUUCUCUAUUCCAAUAUUCAGCUGAGAUUAAAUUGAAUACACUAUGUUGAGCAGUUUGAAGUGCUGCUUCAGGAUAGUUUAUAUAGGCUAUCCACAUGUAAACUUUUUUACCUGCUUUAAUUCCAUCUGGAAACUUAACAGAAACGCAUCCAUUCCAAUUGAUGUAACUCCAUAUUUAUUAAUGGAGUCAAUACUGGCAAAUUGGAAUGAAAUGUUCCCGGUCUUGAAUUUUUUAGAUAUAACCGUAGGAAAUCAUGCAGUUAGGUACACAAGUAUUGUAGCCCAUAUUUGUUGGCUGCAUUGGCAUUAAAUAUCUUAAAGUUCAACUACAAGGACCAGACAUGACUUUUUCAAGCACAGUGACUGACGUCUGUAUCUUGUCCCCCUUUUAAAUGGUUUGAAGAAAUUUUGUAUAUGGAGGAUAAAGUGCUUAUAUAUUUAUUAAAGAUCCUUUAUCUUAUUUGAAAUUAUUAUUAUUUGGUGAAGAAGGGUUGUGUUUUCUUUUGAGGAGGGUUGGGUAGGGCAGGGGAGGGUAACUUUUAACCUACCACUUCAAAGCCCUUGUUAAUCAUGCAGAAAGGUACUGUUAAUGAUGGGAUGUCUCUAUCCUAUGCUUUGUACAUGACAAGUCCAUGUCUUACAUUUUGUUUCUAGGCAUCGGUCUUCAACCAAAACUUACAAAAAAACAAAAAAACUGUGAUUUUAUUUGUUGCAAUACAUAUGAAAUUUCAAAGGGUACUUUGAGGCUCAAAAUUAGGAUUUCUAAGUCAGUAUGUGCAUUUCACGUAAUAAAGCUGUUAAUGGUGAGCAAAGUAUUAUAUACUAACUAGAUUUUUCCACAUCUGUAUAGUAUAUUCAAUGUAUUUUGUGGUAUUGAGAUUAUAGAAAGUUUAGUGUCUGAAACAUGCGUUUAAUGUGUAUUUUUAAACAAAUUUAUGGCAAUUAAAAUAUUUGGAGAAAAGGGUAUCACAUUUCAAUUUGUAAAGAUCUUUUUAACUACUGUGUCAUUAAAAUGCUUUGUACAAUGCAAAACUGUAACUGGAGAAACUAAGUUUAAUAAAUAUCAAAUAGAUUUUCUGUAUUAAACUUUAUAAACACUG